AUGAACCAAAAUAAAAUAGUACUCAUUUACAAGCUCAUAAAGAGUAGUAUCAAUGUGUCACGUCUGGUGAUCCUUCAUGAAGAAGCUGAAGAUGGCAACGCUAUGCCGGACCUGGCGCGGCCGGUACAGGCCGUGUCGCUAGCAGUAAACAAUCUAGUUAAGGUCGGGCAUGAGACGAUAGAGUCGUCUGAUGAUGUCGUGCUUCGAGCAGACAUGCCUGGAGCGUUGCGGAGAGUGGAGGGCGCGGCCACGCUGCUCCAGCAGGCGUCUGAUAUGUUGCGAGCUGAUCCCUAUUCUGGACCUGCUAGAAAGAAACUCAUAGAAGGUUCCCGUGGAAUCCUUCAAGGAACAUCGGCACUCCUUCUGUGUUUUGAUGAAUCCGAAGUACGAAAAAUUGUAAAGGAAUGCAAAAAGGUAUUGGAUUAUUUGGGUGUGGCAGAAGUUAUAGACACGAUGGAAGAUCUGGUCCAGUUUCUGAGGGACAUUUCUCCAGCUUUGUCCAAAGCUGCCAGAGAGGUGGCGUCCAGAGCCUCUGAACUGACGCACCCACCUCACGCGGAGACACUCACGCGAUGCUUGGAGAGCGUCAAGCGACUCGCACCCGUGCUUAUUUGCUCUAUGAAAAUAUAUAUACACAUAUUGUCUGAAGGAGGCAAAGGCAUUGAAGAUGCGGCCGAAAAUAGAAAUUACUUGGCGCAGCGCAUGGCGGAUGAAAUACAUGAGAUUAUACGAGUGCUCCAGCUAACAUCGUACGUGGAGGACGGCGGGGAGAAGGAUAACAUCGCGGUGCUGAAGGCGCUGCAGAGCGUCAUACACAGCAAGGCGCCCGCCGCGCACGACUUCCUCAAUGAGCCCACGGCGCUGCGAAACAGCGCGGGCGAGCGCGCGCUGCGCUCUGUACUCACAUCCGCGCAGCGCGCCGCCGAGCACGUGCGCCCCGCGCGCGCCGCCGUGCUGCGACGCACCGUGCGAUCUGGCGGCAACAACGCGGAUCAGUUGUGCGACGAACGGCAGUACGGACGCGGCUUGGAGUCGAAGGCACUGAGUCUCGCUUCUGAGUUGAGGAAUCAAGUUAACGAAGUGGACGACGUCGUCAAUGAAGGCGUGCGUGAGGCGGAGAAGCAGGGGGGCAAGACUAUAGCGGCUAGGCUAGAAACAGCCCACAAGUGGUUGCUGCACCCGGCGGCGGACCCCGCGACCCGCGCCGACGGACAGAAGGCUAUUAACAGCAUCGUGUCGCAGGGACACUUGAUCGCAGACAACCUGGUGGGCCGCGAGAAGGCGGAGGUGAUGCAGCUGUGCGCGGAGGUGCAGCGCCUGUCCGACCAGCUCGCCGAGCUGUGCGCCGGCGGCCGCGGGGAUACGGAACAUGCCAGGGCUAUCACUAGAGAGCUGACGGACAAGCUGCACGCGCUGCGACGCGGCAUGGAGCGCGCCGUCGUCAACCGCGUCGUGGAGGACUUCAUCGACGUGGCCGCGCCGCUGCGGCACUUCACCGACGCCGUCAACGCGCCCGAGGGUACGCCGGGGCGCGAGGCGACGCUGCAGACGCGCGCGAGCGCGCUGGCCGCGUUCAGCGCGCGCGCCGCCGCCGCCGCCGGCUCCGUGGCCGCCGGCCUCGGACACCACAAGCGCCUCGCCGACCAGCUGCUGCACAACGCGCAGGAGGUAGAAAAGCUGUCUCCGCAACUGAUCUGCGCCGGCAAGAUCCGUCUGCACUAUCCCGAUAGCAAAGUGGCAGAAGAGCAUUUCAACAACCUGAAGAACCAGUACUCGGACGCCAUCCUCCGCUGCCGCGACCUGUGCGACCAGGCCGUGGACCCGCUGGACUUCGUGCGCACCGCCGGUGAAUUAAUGCAAAAACACACUUACUUGUGUGAAGAUGCUAUUAGGAAUAACGAUUCUCAAAAAAUGGUCGACAAUACUUCUGCUAUCGCUAGAUUGGCGAACCGCGUGCUGCUAGUGGGUGGCGCGGAGCGCGACAACACGGAGGACGGGGAGUUCGCGGCGGCGCUGGCGGAGGCGCACGCGCGCCUGCAGGCCGCCAUCGCGCCCGCCGUGCGCGCCGCCAAGCGCGUGGCGCUGGCCGACGCCACCGCGCCGCCCGUCUGGCGGAAGGCCAAUGCUGAGAUAAUCCAAGCAGCGGCGAACGUGGAGGAAACCCUGUCCCGCCAGCACGCGCCGCCGCCGCCCGCGCUGCCGGAGGCGCUGCAGGCGCUGCGCGUGUCGCCGCCGGCCGCCCCGCAGGCGCCGCCGCGCCCGCCGCCGCCCGCGCAGGCCGCGCCGCCGCGCCCGCCGCCGCCGGACACGGACGACGAGGGAGAGGAUAUAUUUAGAAGGCAGCCACAUCCCAGUCAACCUAUUCUGGUGGCCGCCCACAACCUGCACAAGGCGGUGCGCGAGUGGUCGUCCAAGGACAACGAGAUCAUCGCGGCCGCCAAGCGCAUGGCCAUCCUCAUGGCACGCCUCUCCGACCUCGUGCGCUCCGACUCGAAGGGCAGUAAACGUGAGCUGAUCGCUACAGCCAAGGCCAUCGCUGAAGCAUCAGAGGAAGUGACUCGCCUCGCCAAGAAACUUGCCUUGGAAUGCACCGACAAGAGAAUCCGUACUAACUUGCUGCAAGUAUGCGAGAGAAUUCCCACAAUCGGUACUCAGCUCAAAAUUCUGUCCACCGUCAAAGCGACGAUGUUGGGUGCACAAGUGGGUAUGCCGGAUUACAAAGGUAGUGAAGAAGAUCAAGAGGCUACCGAGAUGUUGGUGGGCAACGCACAAAACUUGAUGCAGAGUGUGAAAGAAACAGUAAAAGCUGCAGAAGGAGCCUCGAUCAAGAUACGGACAGAGCAAGGAGCGUACCGCCUUCGCUGGGUGCGUCGGUCUCCCUGGUACCAAAUU